AUGAUAUAGAAUUCUCAGUCUUCUCCUUUAAAAAUUCAUAAUGUUAAGAAUGAGAGACAUCAUUCAUCUUCCCCUUAAAACUAAAACGACAUGUUCUUCUAAUCAGGUAAAUUAUAAAAUCUUUCAUAUUUAGACAUUAUAAGAAAGAGAUUGAAAAUACCUCUGGCAGAAUUGCUUAAUCGGAUGGCAGAGGCCAAGGAAUACUUGCCAAUAAUCAAAGUAAUGCCAAAGAAAGUUUCAGAUGUAGAGCUCUCAAUCUUUGAAUUGAGAGACUUAUUGCGAUCUCAAUAUGUGACUUACACUCAACUUUAAAUAGUCAAUGGAACGUUUAAAUCUGAUAUUGAUUAAUUAAUGGAGAAUACAACUGCUUAGACUAUUCGAAAGGUCAUUUAAAUAAUAGAUGAUAAAGUGCCUUUCGAGUAUUUAGCUGAGCUCAUGAAAAACAAGGCUUCCUUUGAUCAAUUUAAGCAUUAAGAAAAAGAACUUCUUAGAGUUUCAGCAGAUUUGGAGAGAUUGAUGAAUAGAUUUGGAAUGAUUGAAAUGGAUCAUAGGAGAUAAACCAAUGUGUUCGAUGGAGUUUCAAGGGAGGAUGUGGAGAAUAUGAUUAGAUACAAAGUUGAGAAAGCUGAAAAUGAUAGAAGGAUUGCUGAAAUUGAGUUAAGAAUAGGAUCACUUAGGAAAGUAAUGGAUUCAGAGAUUCAAACUAAAAAUGAUAUGUUCAAAAAGAUAGAGAAAUCAAUUCAUGAGAUAGAUGAGCAAAGCUAAUCACAGUUAAAGGAGAAAUUCUAGUAGGGUGAAUUAGAGAGGCAAAUAAAGCAGUUAAUGGAUAAGUAGAGCCUGAAUGAAUACAGACUAAAUGAGGUUGGAAGGAAAUUUAUGGAUUUUUAAGAUGAAAUUCAAUAGUAACUUAGCGAUGUGUAAACAAGCAAGAUUGAUGUAUUAGGAGAAAAUAUGACUUAGAAGUUCAAUGAUUUCGAUGAUAAGCUUAUGAAACUAAAGAAUAUUAUUCAGUAAAACAUGGAAAUGAUGAAUAGCUAAUUACUUAACUCGAUUGACGAGGCUAACUUGAGAAGUAUGCACGAUUACUUAAGCAAAAUGGAGCUAAUGAACAAAAGAAUGAUGGCCAACGAAGUAACGAUGAAAGAAAUGGUCCAGGAAAAUUAGUAAUUAAGGUCAUUUAAGUAGAGACAGCUUGAGGUUCUUGGUGAGUAAGUUUAAAACUGUGAGAAUAUGAUUAACCAGAAAUUUACUUUGAGAUUGUCUCAGCUAGAAAAAGAUUUCGGGAUUUCAAUGACUGUUUUGAAUGAGAGAUUAGUCACUUUAGAAGAUGAGUUUACUUAAAUUAGAGGACCUUUGCUUGAUGAAUUCAAUAGAAUUAGAAAUGAAAGCAGUGGACUCUUGAGAGAAUUAGAGCGCUAGUAAGGGAAUUACAGAGAACUUAUUGCAGAUUAUGUGAAAACUCUCGAUGCUAAACUUUAGUAAUUAGUAAUACACCCAUCCUAAUUUCUUGGGGAUUUAGAAACAUAAGAUGAUUUAGUUAGAAAUUCAACAAAGCUUAAAUUAAAGAAGUAAAAUCAUGAUGGGAUAUUAAGUAAUUAGAAUAUGCUGGCAUCUGUAAUUAAUUAAUAGUUGCUAAAUACCAACUCACUUCUUAGUUUAGGCUCAUCUGAACUCAGCAAUUACUUAAAGUCUAAUAAAUUCUUGUAUUAAUAGCACUUAAAAAAGCAUUUGAGACAAUAAAGCUAGAUACCAAGUGUUCAAAAACUAGAUUAGCAAGUUACAUUUUAAAAUAACAACUCUUAAUAAAAUGUACACUAAAAAUCUAAUAACUUAUCAAGCCCCUAGAGUGAGAGAUCACAGUAAUAAAUAUUGCAAUAAAGGCAAACUCAAGUUUAAGAUAAUGGCUAGAGUCCAUUGAGUCUAUCUUUGAUUAGUAUUAACAAUCAGAUUGUUGAAGACGCUUCUCGUUAUAAGCUUAAGAUCAGAACUUAAAGCGGGGCUAGAUCAGCUACACAUACUAAGCGAAGGAAUAACUCCUCAAUUAUCACUUCUUACUUAUAAAACCAGAAUAAUUCCAACAAUAAUAGCUAGCUUGUUGAUAGUGAGUAUCAAAUGAACAGAGGCAUUCAUACUGGUUAAACAAGUAAAAUAAGUAAUUAGCAACUUCAGAAUGAUUAGAAGGGACCCUUCUUUGAAAAUGAAAAUCAAUUAGCCACUGUGCCUAUUGGAGGAGACUAUUCUACUCUAUUAAAUAAUGUAGCCAAUCUUAAGAGGAAGAAGUAGCAACAGAAGCUCCAACUUAACAAGAGUCUCCAACAAAGAAAAAAAAAUGGAGCAAGGACAACAUUAAAUUCAAGUCUUGAUAUAAAUUCAUACUCACCCAAAAAAAUAGCGGAGUUAAACAAGAGAUCACCUAUAUCUUCUGGAUUGCAAACUCAUGCGCAUACCUAGCCUGAUGAUCGGACAAUGUCAAAUAACCCAGCUGGAUAUGUUUCAUAGCUAAAAGAUUCAAUGAGGAAUAGUUAACUAGAGACACCAAAUAUUCCACCAAAUUUCAUGAAGCUCAAAGAUGCUAUAGUGUCGCUUGAUGAAAAUCAAACAGAUGCUACUUCAUUGAAGCAUCUUGAUGUUAAACACCCUUAAACAGUGACGAGUCAGAUGUAUGAAUUGGAAGAGAAGAAGCAAAAACGAAUGCUUGAGAAGAAUCUCCCCAUCACAUUACAUAGAUUCUCACAUCUAAUGAAGGAUACUAAAACCUAAUGA